GGGAUUUAAUAUAAUCUCGUAGACACUUUCCUGUGAGAAAGGGCGCCAAUCGCCUUCCACUCUCCACCGAUGCUACCCAUCUCCUCCCUAUCAAAUUCUCCCACCAUGGCCACCGCCGCCGGAGCCUCCCUUUUCACCACCAAGCGAUGGCUCUCUGAUGCUCUCCUUACAACCCCAUCAGCCCUAAUGUUUCCCAUCUUGUCCCGCUCUCUUGCCAUUGAAUCGGCCCCGCUUAGAGCUUUCUCGGAGAGGUGGCGGCCGGCUCUGGGAAUUUCCGCCGCCGUUGUGCAGAGAAAGGCGGCUGUGACAUUUGGGGUUGAAGAGGGUGUGGCGGAUGAGACGGCGGAGGAGGGAGAAGGGCAAGCGGUGGACGGUGGUUCUCCAGUGGAAUCCGGGAAAACUAAGCUGUAUUUUGGGAAUUUGCCUUACAGUGUUGAUAGUUCACAGCUUGCUGAUAUUGUUCAGGAUUAUGGGGUCGCCGAGCUCAUUGAGGUUCUUUAUGACAGGAAUACUGGAAAAAGUAGAGGAUUCGCAUUUGUAACCAUGAGCAGCAUUGAAGAUUGCAAUAAAGUCAUCGAAAAUCUGGAUGGAACUGCUUACAUGGGCAGACUAUUGAGGGUUAAUUUCUCAGACAAACCUAAGCCUAAGGGACUUCUUUAUCCAGAUUCUGAGUAUGAACUUUAUGUCAGUAACUUAUCCUGGUCAGUAACAUCUGAAAGUUUGGCACAAGCAUUUCAAGAAUAUGGAAAUGUGGUCGGAGCAAGGGUCAUCUACGAUGACGAGACCGGAAAGUCACGAGGAUAUGGCUUUGUAUCUUAUUCAACAAAAUCAGAGAUGGAAACAGCUCUUGAAGCUUGUAAUGAAUUGGAACUUGAAGGCAGGGUAAUACGUGUUAGCUUAGCUCAAGGAAAACAAGCUCAGGGGUAAAUAUCAGCAUACAAUGACUAAACAAGAAACAGGAAAGAAUUUCUACCUAGCUGUUACUGAACGAACCGCUCUCGUUUUCGUAUACAUCCCGUCUCCCACUUCUAUACGUUACGAGCGAAUCUCAAUGGGAAUAAUAUGUUCGGUUUCCAGCUAUCAUGGUAGAGAUAUCAUGUGAAUCCUGAUUCAAACUGAUGAUCAUCAGACAAGAUUUCAAAAAUGGUUGUAGCAUGAAUAAGAAGGAAAUAGGAACGAAUUUCUACCUUGCUGUAGCUGGUUGAACUCUGCAAGCAAUUGAAGUUUCUUUCUCAUCUGUUGCUGUGUGUAUUUCAUUUACUCACAUCUCAAUCCUAUACUUCACAAUUGAAACCAUUAGUGAGAAUGUCAUUUGAUGGUCUCUUAAUGAAGUGGAAGACCUGUAGCAGGGACUAAGGAGUGAGCUUUUAAACAGAUAAACUCCAUACUAG